ACUCUAGUCCUCAUUUAGUAAAACUUAAAAAAAAAAAUCUGUUAAAUGCCACAUAUGUCUUGAUACUGUAUUUUUUAUACUGCAUGAGCCAACGUGUAGACAUUUAUAUUUUAAAAUGUUUUAAACGAAACACGACUGAUAAACAAAAAAAAAAUGUACGCCUGUUUUGUGUAUAUAUCCAUCCGCUAGUAUUUCGUGUUUUUUUUUCGGAUUGUUUAGGUGUAUGUCUUUCACAGGCAGACAUCUCCGGCGAACUGAUAAUAUUAUUGAAACUAUUUUAGUGUUAAUCUAGUAUAUAUGGAUAAUCUACAUCUCUUUCAGUGAUAAGUGUUUGGUUUUAAAGAGACAACGAGAAGAAAAGAAGCUAGCUGACUUGCCUAGCAGUCAGUGUCCAGGCUGGAAUAAUCAGCCCUAGCAACAGCAGCAGGGCUAGCAGGCUAACAUCGCUUUACUCUCAGUUUGACUUUUAAAGCAUUUCCUCCGCUGUAGUUUUGCCGUUGGAGAUACUUUCUAAACCGUUUGAAUAGUCUGCUCAAAGACUCGUUUAUGGGAUAAUCAUGUCAAUGAAGCAGACAGGCGGUAAUCGCAAACCGGGCAGCGGUAGCAGUAGCGGGGCCGCAGCGGCCUCAGGAGCCGGGGGAUGCGCAGGGGCUGCUGCAGGACGACACGGUUUAACCAGGGGACGUAACAGCGCCAAAGCACACUCCGCACCAGUGGCCUUCAGUGGAGUUUAUGCAAAUAUGAGGAUGGUUCACGUCUUAACUUCAGUGGUGGGAGCCAAGUGCGAACUCAAAGUGAAAAAUGGCGCAAUCUACGAGGGUGUCUUCAAAACGUAUGGUCCAGAGUGUGAUCUGGUCCUGGAUGCAGCCCACAGGAAGAGUCCAGAGCCAAACGUAGGCCCUCGACGUGAGGACAUAGUCGAGAGCAUAAUCUUCAAGGCUUCAGAUGUUGUGGUGGUGCAUUUUAAAGAUGUGGACCUGAGCUAUGCCAAAAAAGUCUCAUCAGAGCAAGAUAACCUUACAGACAACCCAUUAAGCGCUCGUUUAAAUGGAGAACAUAAAGAGAAGGAUUUGGAGCCUUGGGACGGAGGAGAUCAGCAUGUCUCCGGCAGCUUGGAGUCUCUCGACACUGACUUGUCAAAUGGUUGGGACCCUGAUGACAUGUUCAAAUACAAUGAGGAAACAUAUGGUGUGAAGUCUACCUAUGAUAGCAGCCUGUCCUCUUACACAGUGCCACUGGAGCGAGACAAUUCAGAGGAGUUCCUCAAGCGGGAAGCUCGUGCAGCGCAGCUGGCUGAGGAGAUUGAGGCCAGCGCCACCUAUAAGGCCCGUGUGGCUUUAGAGAAUGACGAGCGAUCGGAAGAGGAGAAAUACUCUGCUGUUGUGCGGGAUGCACACACAGUCGGCAGGGAAAAUAAAUACAUUCCCCCAGGCCAGCGGAACAGAGAAGCAGGACUGUCAUGGGGAGCAGGACGACAGAACUCACCCAGAAUGGUGCAGUGCAAUCCUGGGCCUCCUACACCCAGAGCUUCGCCUCACGACUACAACACACUUGCUGGUGUGGAUCAGCGUGUUGUCAAUGGAGGUUCCCCACAUUGGUUCUCUCGCUGUCCAUCUCCCUCCUCUUACCCUUCCUCUCGCUACCAGUCAGGCCCCAACGCCUCCCUUCCCACCCGGCCUCCCUCCAGACCCCCAUCUAGGCCCUCCCGGCCCCCCUCUCAUCCCUCUUCCCAUGGCUCUCCAGCACCCCUCUCCACUCUGCCCAAACGCCUCUCCUUGGAAGGUCCUCCAAGGAUGUCUCCAAAGUCCCAGCGGACCCCCAGGGCACAUAGAGUGCCCUCCUGCCGGGGUGCUCCUGGGGUGGAAUUCAUGUCACAGGGUGCAUCUGGGGAGGCUUCAACUACUCCUCCUGCUCGUAGCAGCCCCUCUGGUGGCACUUGGUCUUCAGUGGUCAGUGGAGGACACAGACCUCGUUCUCCUCGGCAAACCAUUGUUGGAGGACCUCCUCCUGGCCCCUCCUCCUUGUCUUCUCCACAAGCUGGCACAGUGCCAGUCGAUUCAGUGGCCACACCCACUUUGGCAACAUCACCAAUUUCAGCGAGUCCUGCACCUAUCAUGGGUGCAAUACCAGUAACCGAAGCAAAAGAAAUUCGGCACAAUUCUCCCUCAGCCAAUAAGGAGAAUGUGAAGCCUGUGGAAUCUUCACCAAGCAGUAGGCCUGUUAGUAAAGGAUUUCCCAGCAUGCCUCCUGACCAUAGAAAGCAAAUAGACAAUUUAAAAAAAUUUAGUGUGGAUUUUAGGUUGCAGUCCAGCUCAAAUCCAGAUCUUGGGGUUGAGACAAUGAUGACAAAGUCUCCACGGGACUCUGGAGAGAAAUUUAAGGAGUCACCCAGUGAUAAGAGCAUGACUGAAUCAACAGGAUCCAAAGUUUGCUCAGAGUCUCCUGGCAGUGAAGAGGUGUCAGCGGCUGUGGCUGCAGACUCUAGCGGGAGUAAACCUGGCACUCCUUCUCCUUCUCCCUCAUCCUCUACUCUCAGCACGGAGCAAAAACGUGUACCUGAUGUGACGUCUCAGGGUGUCCAGACUUCCUCACCCGCUGCUAUGAAAUCAGAUGAUAAAGAGGACAAGAAAGACCCUUUACCAGAGAGUGUUAGAAAAUCAACUCUCAAUCCUAAUGCCAAGGAGUUCAACCCCAGACCUUUCUGCACUCCACCCAAACCAGCCACUACUCCGACUCUGACGCGACCCCAGGGUCAGCCGAGUCCUUCCAUCAUGGUGCAGCAGCCCCCGGCCGUUUACAGCCAGCCAAUGUGCUUCCCACAGAUGUACCCACUGACCCCAGUCAGCCCUGGAGUGCAGAAAAGCAUUAUCUGGAAGCCUCCUGCUAUGUACCAUGUUCAGGUUCCUCACAUGACUGUAAGCCAGACCAAGCCAUACAGAACAGGUAAAGUACCCAAUAUCCAACAGCAAAGACCCGACCAGCAUCACCCAGCAGGCACGUCACCCAUGAUGCACCCUGCCACAGCUGCAGGUCCCCCAAUCUUAGCUCAGAGCCCAGCUUACUCCGCUCAAUAUUUCACCUGCAGCCCUCAGCAGUUCAGCAGCCAGACGCUUAUGCAGCAGAUGCCCCACUACCAGUCCCAGGCCCAGCAUGUGUUCAGUCCUGUUAUGCAGGGAGGUGCAAGGAUGAUCACCUCCAGCCAUGGCCAGCCCAAUCUGGCCUCCUCCUCUGCUACCCAGUAUGGUGAGCAGACCCACACAAUGUAUGUCUCAGCCCCUAUCCCCCAGCAGUACCAACAUCCUGGUGCCACCCUUCACCCACAUGCCCCUCAACCCCCACAGCCCUCAGCCACACCCACGGGUCAGGCCCAGCAGAGCGGGCAGCAUGCCGGCACAAGCCACGCUGCUGCCAGCCCCGUCCAGCACCCACAGCACCAGGCGUCUCUCCACCUGGCCAGUGCAGCUCCCCCGCAGCAACAGAUGUACUCGGCCUUGACGCCGACCCCGCCCUCCAUGACUCCCGGUCCGGCUCCUCAAUCCCCGCAGGCUGUCUACAUCCACCCUCAGCAGGUUCAGCACUCGUACAAUCCCAACCACAUGGCUCACAUGCAGCAGGCACACAUGCAGUCAGGGAUGCACGUGCCUCAACAUCAUGGCACUCCAUCUCACCCUGUGAUGCUGAUGGCUACACAAGCAGGUCCACAGCCACCUUUACCCCAGAACACACUCAAUCCAAUCCCUGUCUCCUCAACCACACAUUUCUCCUACAUGGCACAUCCUUCAGUACAACCUCACCAUCAGCAGCAGCUUUAGAAGAUGAAGAUCGGCUGUUUUCAGCUGACUCCAGUGACGUGCUCUUCAAACUUCAUGAGCUACUGGCUGACCGAUCCUUCACCUGCUCCUUCUCUACAUGCCCAGUGAAAUGGCCACUAAACCGUCUAUCAUGCUGCACUGCACUUUUGCUAAUCUAUCAGAAAUUAAUGCUAAUGAGCAAAGUUGCGGUGAACAGAUGUUUUUUAACACAAGUUUUAACAUGAGGGGACUGUUUUAGACGCCAUGAGUGAGAAACUGAAUGUCAAGAAACUGGAACUUGCAUUUUGUUUGCACCUUCGUAAGUAACAAAUUCUUCCAGUGAAUUGACGGUAUUAACUUUACUGUUAAAUGCUGCUGCUAUUGCCGUGUUCAAGAACUUGGGGUAAAGAAAAACAUACGAAACAAAAAUCACUCUAACCAAAUUAAACAAAACAAAAAAAAAAAACUUCCAGUGAUUUAAAAUGUUUGGCAAAAAUGAAUAAUUAUUUAUUAAUCAAACUGAAUGGGCCCCAAUUACAUUUGACUGUCAUAAGACUGCUAAGUUAAAUAAAAUUUUACUUUGUAGAUAAUAUAAAUGAAUAAAAAAAAAAAAGAAUAAAAACAUUAAAAAAGUUGUAAAAACUG